AUGGAGAAUGAAGAUUUCUCGAGGAGUGGUCAUGGAAAAGAAGAAAGCCGUCAGGAGAUGAGAAAACUUGAUUCGUCUCACGAUGAUUCUCAUCAAGAACACGACCAUAUAAUGAGAUCCAAGUUGGACUCAGCUAAAGUGGAAAUGGAGGAGGCUAAAGAGGAAAAUCGAAGGCUGAAGUCAUCAUUGGAUAGAAUCAAGAAAGAGUUUGAGAUCCUUCAAACACAAUACAACCAUUUAAUGUUACAACACGAAGACCAACUUAAGUUCACCUCAAAAAGUGAUCAUCAAGACAAAAACGAAGAUGAAGACGACAAAGAAAGAACUAGCGAGCGUGAAGAACUUGUCUUAUUAAGUCUAGGAAGACGGUUAGAACCACCGGUUCCAAGUAGCUCAAUGGCGAAUAAAGAAGAAAAAAAGAAAGAUGUCAUGGAUGAAACCGGUGAUGAGAACGAUCAUGAAAAAAGUAGUGACCAAGGGUUGAGUAUGGGAUUUGAAUACAAGGACUUGAGCAAUCAAGAAACGACGUCGUUGGAGAUUAGUAACAAUAAUAAGAUCCCAUCAGAGAAUAGUUUUGGGUUAAAAAAUGAUGGAAAUGAUCAUGAAGAUGAAGAAGAGAUUUUGCCUCAAAACCUUGUUAAGAAAACUAGGGUUUCUGUGAGAUCAAGAUGUGAGACACCGACGAUGAACGAUGGAUGUCAAUGGAGAAAAUACGGCCAGAAAAUAGCCAAAGGGAAUCCAUGUCCUCGAGCUUACUAUCGUUGUACCAUUGCACCUUCUUGUCCUGUAAGAAAACAGGUGCAAAGAUGUUCGGAAGAUAUGUCUAUACUUAUCUCAACAUACGAAGGAACACACAACCAUCCACUUCCCAUGUCAGCAACCGCCAUGGCUUCCGCCACUUCCGCCGCCGCCUCCAUGCUCCUCUCCGGUGCCUCCUCUUCCGCCUCAGCCGAUCUUCAUGGUCUUAACUUCUCUCUCUCCGGCAAUAGCAUCACUCCAAAAACUAAAUCACCUUUCCUCCAAACCUCUUCUUCUCCUUCUUCUUCAGGCCAUCCCACCGUCACUCUCGACCUUACAACCUCCUCCUCGUCGCAGCAACCGUUCUUAUCAAUGCUCAAUAGAUUCAGUUCUCCUACAAGUAAUGUCUCAAGAUCUAAUAGUUAUCCUUCCACCAAUCUCAACUUCUCAAACAACACCAACACACUGAUGACUUGGGGUGGUGGUAGUCAUAAUGAAUACCGUGCGGCUUACGGCACCCAUCAGCAAGUACCUUACCACAAUAUGAUUCAAACUCGAACAGCAGGGUCAUCAUUUGACCCAUUUGGAAGAUCAUCUUCAUCUUUUUCUUCAUCACACGCUACACAAACCAAUCUUGAUCAUAAUGGAAUCAAGAACAUUAUUACUCAUCAGGUGCAAUCUUUACCGGCUGAAACAAUCAAGGCGAUCACGACAGAUCCAAGUUUCCAAUCGGCUUUGGCGACUGCUCUAUCUUCCAUCAUAGGCGGCGAUUUAAAGAUUGAUAAAGUGACCAAAAGUGAAGCCGAGAAGAGCCCUUAA